CAUAUACGAUUUAUUCAAUUCUCUUCUUUCUAUAAAAGGGCAGUGAGAAUCAAUCUUGGAGCAAUUGAGGAGAGGUUACGUAAAACGAUUUAUCAGAUCUGCCAUCAUGUGGAAAGCAUCGUUCUUCCUUGUGCUCUCCUUGGCCGUUGGCCUGACCUUGCAGGAUUCCCCGACCUGGGAGAUCCCACCUUGGGUCAACCAGGCUGGCUGGAACGAAGGCAGUAGCGAAAACCAAGGCAAUAGUGGGAACCAAGGCAAUAGUGGGAACCAAGGCAAUAACGGGAACCAAGACUUGCCUUGCACACUAUGCAAAUUAAAAGAUGAAUACUGGGAGGGUAGCGGCGUCAACCCAGCAGAUGCAUUCCCCAAGCAAAAUGAAACAGCCCUGAUUCAUAUAUGCAGCAACUUCGUCGAGGACGAAAGCCGCUACCGUUGCGAUAAGGACUGCAAGUGCAAGGAUAAUCAACCGUGUCUCCUGCCUUGUGCACAAAUCCCGCGCCUUGGUUACUGCAAAGGACAUCGCGGGAACUGGGAGGAUUGCACCCCUUCCAGCGAGCAGUUCGCUGCAUGGGUUUCUGGAAUGUGCACCAUGACACAUUUCCCAGUUUGUGCCCAUGACCUCUGUCUGUGCAACCAUAACUGCGGCCUUUGCAGAGAGCUAGGAUUCAAGGGAGGAGAUUGCCCCUAAUCACUGUCUGGAGAUUCGAGCAAAACGAAGUUACCACCUGGGGACACCGUAGGAUGUAGCAUAUGACGUGCACACUGUAAAUACCAUCAUCGUUGAUUGUUACUGUAAUCCAUGCAACUUUACACUGUAUUAUGCAUUGAUCAAUAAAAAUGCUCUGCAUAA